AUGAUUUUUUUAAUAAAUAUCUUGUUAUUAAUUAUUGUUAAUACAUCAUGUUUUAUUUAUCGUGAUGAAAUCUUAGUAUCAUCAAAUGAUAUUGAAACAAUAUUAAAUGAUGAUGAAAAUCCCUAUAGUCCACUUGUUUAUUGUCAAUAUCUUCCAUCAGAUUAUUAUCAUUGUGAAUCAGUUGAAGAUAUUCCAGAAAAUGAAACAAGAUCAUGUCAAAAAAAAAAUGGUCGUCGUUUUGGUGGAGAAAAAUAUAAUGAAGUUGAACAUACAUCAAUACAAUGUCGAAUAUAUGAUGGUAUUGAAUGUAAAGGAAAUCGUACAUUUAUUAUAAAUAAUGUACCUUGUAUUAAAUAUUCUUCACAUUAUUUUAUAUCAACACUUUUAUAUUCGAUUUUUUUGGGUUUAUUUGCUGUUGAUAGAUUUUCUCUUGGUCAUAUUGGUAUUGCUGUUGGAAAAAUGAUAACACUUGGAGGUUUAGGACUUUGGUGGAUUAUUGAUAUUAUUCUUCUCAUUUUUGGAAAAUUAAUGCCUCAAGAUGAAUCAAAUUGGAUUAUUCAACAUUAA